ACUCUCACCUGAAACAGUCGUAGUUUUACCUUCGUAGAUAGCGGACGCGUUUUUAUUGCGUCCUUUCUACACCAAAAGUUUCCUCAUCUCAAUUAAUAAGUGGACAAACAUCAAGACAUAAACCCGGAAACAUAUAGCCUGUGAAAAUAAUACUUUAGGAAAUAAUGGGAUAUCAUAGGCUGUUAUGGCUCUUGUUGAGCUGUAUCUGUCUGUUCGAGCUCGUUACAAUAAAGGCCCAUACACCGAUGGUAACAAUAAAAAAUGGUACCUUGUCGGGUAUGAUUAUGAUAACUAGACGCGGCAGGGAAUUCCUGGGAUUCCGGGGGAUUCCUUAUGCUUUACCGCCUCUUGGAGAGCUUAGAUUCGAGCCACCAAAACCAGCGUCAUCAUGGAAUGGAGUACGAUCAGCCCAAGAUGACGCCCAAAUAUGUGUUCAAAGAAACAUCUACACUCAUCAAGACAAAAUCGAAGGUGACGAAGAUUGUCUCUACUUAAACGUUUACGCCCCAAAAUUGCCUAAUAAGGAGGAAAAUCUGAAGGGAGGAUACCCGGUCAUGAUUUGGCUCCAUGGAUGUGGUUGGAUCUGUGGUGCUGGUCACUCAGAAUUCUAUCAUCCAAAAUUCCUAUUAGACCACGAUAUGAUACUCGUCACCGUAAACUAUAGACUGGGACCACUGGGAUUUUUGAGCACCGAAGACACAGUGUGUCCUGGAAAUAAUGGACUAAAGGACCAAGCGCAAUCCAUUAGAUGGGUGCACGAAAAUAUUGCUGCCUUUGGGGGUGAUCCAAAUCGUGUAACUAUUUUUGGAGAGAGCGCGGGAGGAGCCAGUGUUCAUUACCACAUGAUGAGUAAUUUGAGCAAAGGACUUUUCCAUCGAGCUAUCUCACAAAGCGGUAAUGGCCACUGUCCAUGGGCUCUGGCAAAACCAGGUUCUCCCAAAAAGAAGGCUCUAAAGGUGGCUGAACUUUUGGGUUGUCCGACAGACUCGAAACAGCUGCUCGCUUGUCUUCGUAAGAAAAAUGCCGUCGAUAUUAUUGCCACCGAUCGUGCUUUUCAAGUAUUUGGUUACUGCCCAAUGAUACCCUUCAGACCGGUAAUCGAACCUGUUCACCCGGGUGCUUUCUUAACGGAAGACCCAGCAAUCUCGUCGAAACAUGGUCGUCUCUCGGACAUUCCAUGGAUGACAGGAGUUACAUCCGAGGAAGGAUCCCUGAUAGUACCAGGGUUAUACACACGGAACAAUGGAGAAUUGAUUAAAAGAUUGAACAAUGAUUUCCUGAACAUCGCGCCUAUAACGUUAUUGUUUGGAGAAACAUGUCCUAAGGAUGAGCAGAAACGCGUGGCAUCGGAAAUACGAGAAUUCUAUUUCGGCAAAGCACCGAUCGACAAUUCUACGCGAUUCAAACUGAUCGAUAUGUACAGCGAUGCUUGGUUCACCCACGCGGCUCAAACUUCGGUGAUUAAUUAUCUUGAAAAACAAUCCUCUCCUGUAUAUUAUUAUUACUUGGCGUACCGAGCAAGCGCCUCGUUUAGUAUGAUAUUCGGUGAUCCUAACAAUGAUUACGGAGUAUCGCAUGCCGAUGAUCUUCAGUAUUUAUUCCCUGUCGGGGAAGAACUAUUCAAGGAUAUACCACUGAGCAAACAGGAUCACAAAAUGAUUGAUCUCAUAACGAGUUUCUGGUAUAACUUCGCCAGUUCUGGAAACCCUACCCCGGAAGUAACAGACGAAGUACCAGUGAAAUGGAAGCCUGUUAGAACUAAGGAUCUCGAGUAUCUUCGUAUAGGGAACAAUGGCAUUGAAAUGUCGAAGAACCUUAACCCAGAUAGAAUGAGCUUCUGGGAACGUUUGCCGAUACGGCCGGAUUUGGACAAAGGCAGAACACAACAGCAAAAAGAUGAAUUAUAAUAGUGCUCGAAAACUGUGUACACGAUAACCGUACGGCGUUGUCGGAAAUCGUAAAACUUAAUGUGGAACGACAGACAUAAAUCAUAUCUUCAUCCUCGAUCGCCACAUUGUCAACCGUGAAGCUACGUAUCGAGGUCAAAAAAUUAUGUAAGCUGCUGUUAAUGCUCGAGCAUGUCGCGAAAAACUCUCAUCGUACAAGUGUACAAACUACGCGAGACAUUAGAAAAAUUUUUUAAAUCUGUACCUAUCUUAAUGUUAAUGUUUCGUUUCGAGUAAACAGCAAUUGUACACUCGACUGCGAUAUUAUUAAAAACGACAGAAUGUGUAUAAUAUUUUAUGACAAUAAAUGAAAAUAAAUGAAAAUAAAUGAAAAUAAAUGAA